UAAUGUAUUUAAAUCAGAAAAUUGUCUAGUUCUGUUCAGUCUUUUUACUAUCAUAACUGUCUCCUGGCAGUGGGGCUUUAUAAUUUGAAUGCAAAUCGGUCUAAGAUUUCGGCUGCAUUUUUAUUCGAUUUUCUUUGUCAACAUAAACAAACCUUAACGAUUAGUCGAUCUACUGUAACUUUUCGAAUAAGCAGUCACUGCGCUGAAAUGCAAUUUUCCAGUAAUCAAACUGUGACGUGAACUUUUGGUUGCAACACAUUUUACCUCGUAUUAAUGAUUAGUGUAUUCAGGUAUUUAAUGUACGGGUGCAUAUACGUAUAGACACUUUUGUUGAACGUACACACUUCUUACCUGUAGUAGUCGUAGACUAGUUUCUGUUUCACAGUCUUUGGGCCAUCCAAUACCGAAUUCAACUGAUUGCGCUUAGUAUAACAGGGAUUGAUUUUAUAUCCUUGGUUCCACAUUAUUCAAAACAUGAGUGAUCAAAAUGGGUUAAAAAUGGAAUCACAUGAAAAAGAUACUACAUCAGUAACUGAAGCAGUAUUAGUGGCAAGCAAGGAUAAACCUGAAGCAUGUACUGAAGAAGACGGCAACGGAAACAAAGAAAAAACAAGUCUUGAAUCGAUUGAUGUUUCAAAACACUCAGAUGCUGAAAUUGAUAAAAAUAAUUCAGUAGCUAAAUUGAAACAUGAUUCAAAAGAACCUUACAUAAAUUCAAAUAGUUUUCCAACAGCUUGUGAAGAACUCAAGAAAACAUUACUUAAGAAUUCUAGUGCUACAAAGUCUUCUUUGGAUAUAGAUGUAAAACCAGAAUCGAAGAAGACCGAAAGAGUUGUUGAGAAUGGCGUCAUGGAGUCCGAUGUUCAUAUGGCUGAUACAGAAGAAACAUAUGAGAUUGAGGGGAUGAAGGACAGGAAGGACGGUUUGGUCAAUCAAAGCCAGAAGGAGACAAACGAUACCACAGUUAUCAAAGAUGAAUCUUCGGAAACUGCGGAUUGCAGUAACGAUACAAAAUCAGAACCAACAACAGGCACAACACAUCCUAAUGACAAAGUAGAAAAAUCCAAUGAAGACACAGGAUUGAAGCAAUUGACUGCUAAAUACACACGUGUUGGUUCUGCUCAACUAAUAACAAGACCUGUAUCGACCGCAGCUAAUGACCGUGUUGAACCAAAAUAUUUCAAAACCUGUGCUGAACCAUAUGAAAGUACUGCAAAUUUCAAAACCAAAUCCUUGUCCGCAAAAUCCGAAAGUAAAGCUGCUAAUGACAAAAGCAAAAUUGCAGAAAAACGAACAGAAAAAUUUGUAGUGCGAAAUAUUAGCAAAGUUUCAAAAUUAUAUAAAGUGUCGAAUUUAAAUUACAGAAUCAAACCAGUGCGACAUAUGACUCCUAAAAACUUGGUUUGUCCUGUUAUUUACAUUGGUGAGCCCGCGUUUGUUGAUCCUGAAGAUUUUUGUGAUGGUGACGCUAACAACUCGUCUUCGCCACUGAUUUCUUCAUCUUUUACAGAAGAAAUACUUAAUGACGUAAACGAAAACAAUCUUUACGAUAUUGAUUCAUUGAAACAGGUUUUUAUUCCAAAUGAAACUUCAAAAACAAUAACCACUAUUAAGAUGCCAUUACAUUUUCCAAGUGCUGCUCAGCCGUCCUUCAUUCCAAAAACUGAGAUCUUGCCGGUAAUGAGCGUACCGAACUACAAGCCUGCCAGUGUGCUUAUAAAUACUGUAACACCGAACUCAAACCAGGGCUAUAAAAUCGUGGCACGAACUGUUCCGUCCGCCACUUUGGCUCAAUCGAAUUCAAUUCAAGCCAGUAAACUAGGAGGAGCAAAUUAUAGCACAUUUACAGUUCCAUUCUCAGCAAUGAAAAAGCUUAUUUCAUUUAAUGCCAGGCAAAUUUCAAAUGAAGUUAAAGUGAAGGCCAAACAGACGCCAACGAAGCAACCAACAGUUGUUGUGGCACCAAAAUCUCCUAUUACAUUUUCUUCACCAGUGCUUGCAAGCACAGAAACCUCCAUUGUAUCCAAAGUAAAGACGUUUACAAUACCACCAGCUAUCAGAACAAAAUCAAAGUCGAACCAAUCUCUCAAUAUUAGUGCAGCCAAACCUACAAUCAAGCCAUUGCCUGUUAUAAGUCCUCUAUCCGCUCAAAAAGUUCCUAAAACUGCCAUACACCCAUUGCCUGCUCUAAAUCUCCCGUCUGCACAGGUUAUCACUAUUAAACCUGGCAACACUGGAGCUGUCAUUCAGACGACACAGUGUAAUAAAACUAUCAUUGUUUCAGCAUCGCAAGCUAAUCAAGUCAUACGUAUUGAUGAUAAAGCAAAAGUAAGUAUCAGUAAAUUUGUGACUGCGAGUAAAGCAAACAUUACAAAAACUGUGGUUGCAAAACCUGAAAAUAUGACAUCGAGUCCUCCAAAGUUUGCACCUUUGCGAGAAGGUGUUGAAGUCGCAUUUGAAGAUGGCGUCAAACAUUUUAUUACAAGUUUACGACAAUUGACGUUUCUUGAUGACGAACUAGUAAAAUCCUGGUCUCAACUGAAAAAAGGAACCAAAGUUGCUGCUAAAUGGAAGGAUGGUUUUGUAUACGAUGCCACUGUAGUUGCGUGUUAUUUUAACACAAAAAAAAAUGACGCAGAACCAAAGAAAGUAGAAAUUACAAAAACAACGCAACCAGUAGUGAAACUUAUUAAAAUAUCCGAUCAAAAAAUACCGAAUUUAAAAGGAAAGGAGGAUCAAAAGUCCAACAUAGGUUGUACUGGAUGUAAAAAAAUAUUUUCAUCCGUGAUAUUAUUCCGCAAACAUCAAAAGUUACUUUGUAAAAGUCCUGGCGUUAUCAUAGAAGAUAAAAACGCAGGACUUACUGAAGCUGUCCUUGAAGCAGUAAAAAAAUGCGAAAAAAAUAGUAACAAAAAUUUAAAAAAAACUGCUAAAAUUGAGAAUACUGCUACAAAACCAGCAAAUAAAGCAUCAAAGAGAUCAGCGAGUGAUGAAAGCGUACAAGUCUCGAACAAACGUCGCAAAAUUGAAGAUGUCUGUUCUCCUAAAUCUUCAAACACUAAAUCAUUCAUCAGUAAAGAUGAAGGCGCUUUAUUCAAAAACGGCACGAAAUUUUUACACAGAUGGCAGUUGGAUGAUGGCGAAAGUAAGUGGUACCAGGGAGAAGUUAUGAGAGUAAUUCCACCAUUCAAAGCUUUUCUUGAUCAAGAAUUCGAGGUGAAGUACAAGGGUGAAAAGGAGAUCUAUAUACUUAAACUUUAUGAAGAUUACCCAACUGAUAUAAGACUGAUGGGCAAAAGUUAAGCGAUGGCUUUUCAUAUUAUUACUUUUUUAUUAUCAUUUUUAUCCUUUUUUUUACGUUUAAAACUUCAAAAUAUUAUUUCAUAACAUUUUUCCAUAUUUCUAUCCUGUUAUGGUUUUGGGCAUUAGUGCUGCCUGCAAAGUACAUCCAUGAACUGUAUUAAAUACACGUUUCCAUAGACAUACUUUGAUAAGCUUAAUUGGAAUGGCCAUAAAAAUUAUUGCCAUACUUAUACUUGUGGGCUUGAUUCGUUCGUUGCGCAGUGACAUAUGUCACUAUAAAAUUGUGUUUUUUUUGUGAAAUGUUGAUUCAUUUUCGGACAAACCGAAAAAUUUUGUUUGGCUAAUUUUUCAUGAGCAUAGUCGCUUUUAUACAUAUGGUAUGUUGUUCUCAUUUAUUAAAAUUCCAAAAUUUAUAUUGUUGAAGUUAUCAUGAACAGUAUGGGGGAAAAACUUUCAAGUAAUUUGUUCUAUUUCAGCUUUUACUUGUUGUAUACCAUUGUAUGUAGAAUUAUUGGAUUCUCUUCUUUUAUUAACAAGUUAUUUCAAUUAGUAGUAACUAAUGGAGUUAGUUGCGAAUGGGGUUGAAAAUUUGUCAUAUUAUGUCAACAUGUAAAGCAUGUUUGGUUUUCUGUCACUUACUUUUUCUUGUUCAAUUUAUUUUCACACAUAUUUUCUACUGCCAUGCCACUGCCUUGUUCUCGAAUAAAUGUUUCCAUGUGAA